AUGGAUUCUUAUACUUCUUCUCAGUUUGUGUCGCAAGAGGGUUUCAAACUGUUUCAUUCCAUUGACAGAGAUUUGUACACCAUCUUGGCAAUUCACCUCUGCAGGGACCCACUGGAGUCCAUGCAGGUCAUGGCCCUCUGGCUCUGGUUGGAGAAAGUUGGGUUCAAGAAUGCUGUGAAAAAGAUCCUAUCUUUACCUUUCAUUUUGAUCAAUGAGCUUGCAGAUGAGGCAGUGACAUGCCUCAACAUAAUCAAUGGCACCCAUUUUUCUUUACCAUUUGAGGCCAAUGACAUUCCUCUCCUCCAAAGCUUCAUGGAAAAAGAAGUGUCCCUCCAAUUUUUCCAUGAGAAUCAGCAAGCUGCAGCUCAAGGUGUCACCAAAGCUGCCAACAUUGUGUGCCUCCCAGCAUUUGAUGACAUUAUGAAGCAAGCCAUUGAGAUAAAUUUUUCCCAAAACUCAGCAGAUCACAGCCAGAGGACCAUGUUUGUGACAUUCUCGAAAGGGUACCCAGUACAUGAGCAUGAAGUGAAACAAUUUUUCACAGCAGCAUUUGGGGAUUGCGUCGAGUCUCUGCAGAUGCAAGAAGUGCAGCCUUUUGAACAAUCUCUGUUUGCUCGUGUGGUUUUCCACUCUGCAUCAACCAUUGAAGCCAUACUCAGUGGGGUGAGCAAGGCCAAAUUUACAAUCAAUGGAAAGCAUGUGUGGGUCAGAAGAUUUGUGCCAAAACGCGCAAGGUCUUUGCUUCCACAAAUGCCGUGGCAACCAAUUUCCCCUUUUGGGCCAUAG